AUGGAGAACUAUUUCGAGUCGCAGCGUGAAAACAUCUUCCAGCACUGCGAGGUGCUCAUCUAUGUCCUUGUGGCUGUGAGAGACCAGCACACCCAAGUGGACGAAAGAAAGAAGGACAUCGAGUACUUCAAGGCAGCUUGCGACUCCUUGGCCACGCAUUCCCCGAGUGCUGUGACUUUCGCUUUGAUCCACAAGUUGGAUCUCCUGCACGAAAGCAAGCGCAUGGAGGUCUUUAAGCAGUACGAGAAGGAGCUGCUAAACCUGGCCCCGAACCGAAACUUGACAUGCCUGCCGACAUCGAUCUGGGAUGACACGCUUUUCAAAGCCUGGACAAAGAUUGUGGCAGUGCUCGUUCCGGAUCCACAGAUCUUGCAGGAUCACCUGGACUUCAUGUGUCAGGUCUUGCAAGCUGACGAGAUCGUGAUUUUCGAGAAGAACACCUUCCUCGUCAUUUCGCAUGCGCUGACCAAGUCCAUCCAGGACAGCUACCGCUUCGAGAAGCUGUCCAACAUCAUUAAGCAGCCUCAAAGCCAUGCUUGUGAUUGCCACUCCGAGCCACGCAAAAGCGGGUUCAGAACACACUCUGUCUCUGUUUCGCGGACACACAUGAAUGGAGCAACAGGCAGGGGUAGUCAGACAGACAUGCACAUAUCAAAUCAAUUAUGA